UGCAUCAGUGAUAGCUAUUUUAAAUUUUGUAAAAAUAGCAUUUUCAUCAAUUAUAACCCUAACAGCUGCUAAAAUGCAAGAUACAUUAGGAAUUGGAUUAAUGUUUACUUUACUAUCAGUAUUAGCUACAUUAGAAUGUAGAUGUUUGGUAUUAGUUUUUACAAAGAGAAAAGAAAAGACAACUUGGAUGAAUCUAACGAAUAUAUUCUAG